AUGAAAACAAAUUAUUGAAAAAGUGAUUGAAUUACGAUUCAUAAAAUAUAAAUCGAUGAACAAAAAGAAAAAAAACGGCAAUCGGCUAGAUUGGACUUUACCGGUACGCAGUUGUUUACCACUAUCGACAAAGCGGGGGUUUGGGGGCGGUAGCCCCCGAUACUAAGGAAAUAUAUAGGAUAAAAAGGAUCGCGUUAGUUGUUAUGUGUUAGGUGUUAAGGGUUAGGGUUAGAGUUAGGGUACGCUGUUUGAAGUUUAGUGUUGCGUACCGGUAAAGUUCAAUCGUCCCCGGCAAUCAUGCAUUUGGUUGGAGAAAGUUGAUAUAUACCUAGCUGCUUGAUUCAUUUGCACAGAAACGCCAGUGUAUAAAUUUUUGUUGCAAAGAAAAUGGCGAGUGAAACCGGAAACACAAUCGAACGUCAUUCUACGUCGGUCUCGGAAACGACGUCGUUUCCUGGCACUAAACGUUUGUUUGUCAAAUCUACGAGACGUGUUUUCUAGAGCUCUCGAAGAAACAAAGAUAUUCACGGAAUUAUGGAGUCAAUAAACGAAACAAAGGUUAAGAAUAAUAUCUGGAGGCGUCUGUCCCGAGGGGUAGGAACAAAACAUGUGAGCGCGUUAGCGGCACGCUUUCAAAAGCUGUUUUCGGACUUAGCAGCCUGUGUCAGAUCCGCACGGUCCACGUUCCCCAACGGUGAUACAAAAUCCCCAACAAAAGGAGGGGUGUCUAACACAAAUCCUUUCUAUAGAGGUCCCAAAAUCACCGUGCCAUGGACCGGUGCCGUGUUUGAGUACCCCACAUCUCGGUUCCUCACAAAUGCCGAGCUGAAGGCUCAGGUCAACCUGCUGGAACUCAGGUUCCGAAAGCAGUCCGAGAUCCAGGCGAGGCACGGGCAUCGGACCUCCGUUCUGCAGAAGAUUACAGCCACCCGUAUUCCGUAUUUUAACGAUGAGAAAGUGGCCGAAAUGGCCGAUCUAGUUGAGAAAAUCGAACUGCGCCGGCUCAACUCGGAACGGCGAAACCAGCUCCCCAACAACCUACAAAGAGACCGAAAUCACCGUUCCUUGGACUGGGCCCCUGUUCGCAUACCCCGCAUCCCAUCCGGGUACAUCACAAACGCCGAGCUGAAGGCUUAGGUGGACCUGCUGGAACUCAGAUUCCGGAAGCAGUCCGAGAUACUGGCGAGACAUGGACAUCGGACCGCUGCCCAGCAUCAGAUUAAGGCCGCCGGUAUUCCGUAUUUCAACGACGACAAAGUUGAUGAAAUGGCCGAUCUCACCGAGAAAAUCAAACUGCGCCGGUACAUCCACGAGUCUGGCCUAGAUGGAUGAGACGUUUUGACUCGAAAGCAAUAGGCUUGCCGCGAAGCAGUAGAAGGACGCUUUUAUACUAUGAUAUAAAUUAUAUGUUUUAUAAAAUCAUCUUUAUAUU